UGUGUCUUCUGCAUUUAACCCAACUCUUCUGAAUCAGAGAGGUGCAGGGGGCUGCCUUAAUCGAUGCCCGAGGAGCAGUUUUUGUUAACUGUCUUGCUCAAGGACAGAACAGCAGAUCCUUCCACCUUGCCGGCUCAGGUAUUCGAACCAGCGACCUUUCAGUUACUGGCCCAACGCUCUUAACCGCUAGGCUACCUGCCGCAGUUUUGGGCUAACCCAGCUCUGUUGUGAGAGUGUCAUGGGGUUUGAGUGGCAGCUCCAGAUUAGCAGCCUUGUUUUUCACAUACGGGAUGUAUUUAGCAGAUCUGUGACACCCUUCAGGACUGGGAUUUACAUUUUUACAUUUACAUUCAGGCCUGCUGGAAUAUAGCCUCUGGCUGUGCAAGUGUGUGUGUUUUUGUCUGGCUCAUCCUCUGUCUGUUUACGGUAUUUGACUUUGUGUGUACUGUAUCACAUGGCUGUUCCUCCUUGUUAGAGAAGCAGCAGGCAUUCCACAGAUGGUGUCUCAGCUGCCCUAGAUCCUACUGAUUGACAUCCCACUGUCUGACAGCAAAAUCAUACUCAGUCAGAAAGGAGGGACAGUGUCAGAUUGAGACAGAGGGACCUAUGAUGCGGAUCAUCUCUGUCAGUUGUCAGAAGUGUUGAGCCAUGUCUCAGAAUUGAACAUGGAGUACAACCCCUCUGACCAUCCUCGGGCCAGCACAAUAUUCCUCAGUAAAUCUCAGACGGAUGUGGAGUUGCCUAGCAACAAUGUGCGUGAAAAAAGAAAGAGCCUCUUCAUCAAUCAUUUAACACACAUUGACGAGUCAAAGCAUGGAUCAAGGAGACGAAAACACAGCUCCUGUUCCACAAUCUUCCUCGAUGACAACACUGUCAGUCAGCCCAACCUUAAAUUCACCAUCAAAUGUGUAUCCCUUGCAAUAUAUUACCAUAUAAAGAACAGGGACACAGAUGGAGGAAUGCGGCAAGACAUUUUUGACGAGAAGCUUCACCCUCUCACGAAAUCAGAAGUGCCGUCUGACUAUGACAAACACAACCCAGAGCAGAAACAGAUCUACCGCUUCGUCCGGAUGCUGUUCAGCACUGCUCAGCUCACUGCAGAAUGUGCCAUCGUUACACUGGUGUACGUUGAGAGGCUGCUGACGUAUGCAGAGAUAGACAUUGGCCCAGGGAACUGGAAGCGUAUCGUGCUGGGAGCCAUCCUGUUGGCAUCUAAGGUCUGGGACGACCAGGCUGUGUGGAACGUAGACUACUGCCAGAUCCUCAAAGACAUCACCGUGGAGGACAUGAACGAGUUAGAGCGUCAGUUUCUGGAGCUUCUUCAGUUCAACAUCAAUGUUCCGUCAAGUGUUUAUGCCAAGUAUUACUUUGACCUGCGCUCACUGUCAGAGACCAACAACCUGAGCUUCCCUCUUGAGCCCCUGAGCCGGGACAAAGCCCAAAGACUAGAGGCAAUCUCGAGGUUGUGUGAUGACAAGUACAAGGAUGCCAGGAGAGCUGCCAAGAAGCGCACCAUGAGCGUGGACAACCUGGUCGGGGUGCGAUGGGUCCCUGCCAUCCUCUCCUAACAACCAGGAACAUAGACUAGACCUGAGACUGGGCCUCAGGCCAGCAUGGGGACAUCCAGUCUUUUUACCUAGAGUUGCAAAAUUCUGGUAACUUUCCCCAAAUUCCCAGGUUUUCUAGAAAUCCUGAUUGGAAGAUUCCUGGAAUCAGCAGGAAAUCUGGAAUCCUCCAAUCUCGAUUUCUGGAAAACCUGGGAAUUUGGGAAAAGUUACCGGAAUUCUGCAAUCCUAACAUAGACAGACAGGCAGACAUUGUCCCCAUCACAGAUAGAUGCCUUCACAGUGCCGCUGCUCCUGUAACACAGAGGGAAGAGCUCUACAGGACUGGUAUUUCACUGACUGUUAAGAAAAAGAAAAAUGAGAGCUUCUUUGUGAUAUAACAGAAGUAGCCAGAUGAUCACUGUGGCAACAUGAGCUUUAUGCGUUGUAGCAGCAAACCAAGAGAGAAGUUGUCAGAAAACAAAAUGUCAAUGUAAUUUGACCUCUUAUCCUGGAUCAUACCAAACGAAAACAGACUGAAACGGGGAGGGACGACCUGAACUUGUCCAAUAAGUGUGUUUUCGUUGCCGUUGCAAAACGUUUUGCCACAGUGUCCACUAAGGAAUAUGACCCUGGGUCUAGACUAUCCAACCUGGCAUGACGGGACAGAUGGUUGCCUUUGAAGAUGGUUCUGUGGCUUUUGGUGAACAGGUUUUUAUGUAUUUUUUAUUCAUAGUUGUUUUUACUACCUACUGCUACAGCCGACCAAACCCAAGUACAGUAUUUGAUCAGGUAAAACAGCCUUCUAGCUGUGCAGGUGUUUCUACUGGAGAUCUACAUUCACAUUCCAGAAUCAUUUAGUUCUUAAUGAACAAAUUAUUUCACAAGUUGACCAUAUUAAUACCUUUCCACUAGUGUACAGUUACUGUACCUCCCAAUACCCAGAAUGUUGUAUUCAAAUAUGCAGCUAAAUUCAUAAUUGAAAGCUCUUGGAGAUAUAUGUGAGUGAUUUAGCUACUGUGAAUGUGUCAUCCACAGGAUUCAAAGUACAGUUGAAGUUGGAAGUUUAUUCAUUAAAACUCAUUUUUCAACCACUCCACAAAUUUCUUGUUA